UUCUGUGCCAACGAUCCAGAGGUGUUCCUUCAGGCGGCUUUGCUGGCCCAGGACUAUUGUGACGCCAUCGACCUCAACCUGGGCUGUCCGCAGAUGAUCGCUAAGAGAGGACACUAUGGAGUGUUUCUGCAGGACGAGUGGGACUUGUUGGAGAGGAUGGUCAGGCAAGCCAAUGAAAAGCUCUCUGUGCCCAUCACCUGCAAGAUCCGGGUGUUCAAGGAGGUGGAGAAAACCGUGUGCUAUGCCCAGAUGCUGGAGAAGGCCGGAUGCCAGCUCCUGACGGUGCACGGCCGGACUAAAGAUCAGAAAGGAGCCCUGACGGGCAUGGCCAGCUGGGAGCACAUCGGGGCCGUGCGGAGGGCCGUGAGCAUCCCCGUGUUCGCCAACGGAAACAUCCAGCACCUGAGCGACGUGGAGCGCUGCAUCCAGGAGACGGGGGUGCAGGGGGUGAUGAGCGCAGAGGGGAACCUGCAUAAUCCAGCGCUGUUCGAGGGCCGCAGCCCCCCGGUGUGGGAGAUGGCCGAGGAGUAUCUGGAGGUGGUGAACCAGCACCCCCCCUGCUCGCUGUCCUAUGUGCGGGCCCACCUCUUCAAGCUCUGGCACCACACUUUGCAGAUCCACCAGGACCUGAGGGAGGAACUAGCCAAAGUGAAGACUCUGCAGGCCUUGGCUGAGGUCAGCAGGCACCUGAAGCAGCGCUGCCAGGAAGAGAUGGCCAAAGCACAAGGUGUGGAAGAGAAAGAGGGAGGCCUGCCUUUCCCUCACUGGAUCUGCCAGCCGUAUGUCAGACCAGUACCAAAGCAGCCUGGGGUCAACAGCACGGGUCAGAACUCAGAGGGGAAGAAGACGGGGAGCCAGAAGAGGGCGCUGGAGGAUCUGGAUGAAGCCGCCGACAACCUCUCCAAGAACCAGCAGAAAAAAAGAUCCCGCAACCCCCACAAAAAUUUCUGUCCUGAACAGAAACCAAAGUACCUGAAAUGUGAGCAGUGUGGCAACCCAAAGGGAAAUAAGUGUGUGUUCAACCUCUGCCGGGGCUGCUGUAAGAAGAAGGCGUUCAAAGAGGUGGCAGACUGUCCAAGCCACGGGCUGAGGUUCAAGACCAAAGCGGAGAGAUGGAAAGCUGAGAAAGACGGCCAGAUGGAGGGGAAAGUGUCAGAGAGCCUGGUACCAAAGUCGGGAAAAGGCAGCUGCAACUCUUCCCAGCCUGACCCGCUCACAGUUCACAACUCAGAGUGCCUGGGGGAGUCCAAAGACUAAUGCUCGCUCUCUGUGUGUGAUGGGCCUACUGCUUUCUCCUGCUUAUGGGGUGUGACAGUAACACAUGUGGGACAUUCUGGGAUCAAAAUGCUGGGCUCAGGGGAGCUGAUGAGCUGUGUUGUGUGUAAAGAUGACUGCAGCUUACCGGUGGAUGGAGCCUGUUAUCAUUUACAGCAUCACUUCCAGUGGCAAGGAGGAUGCCAGGCACAGGCUGGUUAUUCCCAGCUCCAGGGCUCAUGGAUUCAGCAGGCCUUUGCUCAGCCAAUGAGUAGUCAGCACAUUUUAAAGAGUAGCCAGGGGCUGUGUGUGUGUGUGAACAACUACCACCAAUAAACAACCAAAGGCUGUACAGCAGACAAACGUUUUUUCAUGGCUUCAUCUGUUGGUCCAGAUGAUUUCUGUCAACACACGGCUGGUCA